AUGGUGACUCUAAUAGGGGAUCAAAUUAGGGCUCUGAUUGGGGCUCUGAUUGGUGCUCUGAUUGGUGCUCAGAUUGAUGCUCUGAUUGGUGGUCAGAUUGGGGCUCUGAUUGGUGGUCAGAUUAGGGCUCUGAUUGAUGCUCUGAUUGAUGCUCUGAUUGGUGGACAGAUUGGGGCUCUGAUAGGUGCUCUGAUUGGUGCUCAGAUUGAUGCUCUGAUUGGUGGUCUGAUUGGGGCUGUGAUUGGUGCUCUGAUUGGUGCUCAGAUUGAUGCUCUGAUUGGUGGUCUGAUUAGGGCUCUAAUUGAUGCUCAGAUUUUAACUCAGUUCAUAGCUCGUAUGGAAGAUCGCUAUCGUGACAUUGAAUUAAGGCAGGACUCAUUGUCUCUCAUUCUUUUCUUGGCCAGCGUCUUCUGCUCUCUAAUCAACCACCAUCCCAGCUGGUCGCUGUAG